UCUCAGAGAAAGAAACCCAUAGCUCAACAAAAGUAAGUGGCUUACUUAAAAGUCACCCUCCCAGUAAGAAAAUUAAAAAUCAAAAUUUAAAUGUGAAGAGAGCAUCAGCAGAUUGUAGUUUAUCUUUGAAUCCAUCUACUUCCCAGAGUAAUAUACCCACUCCCAAAAUCAAGGAUUAUAAUACGACUAAAGUUAAAAUCACAUCAGUUUCAUCUAUUCCAGAGAGUGAUUUUUCAGUACAAGUAGAUGAAGUGGGGCUAUCGGCUUUGAAUAAGUUGUCUAACAGUAAAAAUAAAUUUAAAGGGCAAAAUAUGAAAACGUGUAUAGAUGUAGUGACUAGAGAAGUGACUAAACCAAAUCAAACAGUGAAUGACCAGUGCUCUUUCAAACUAGAAGACCCCGUAGAAUUUUUACCACUGACAUUCAUCAAAGAGGAGGUGAAAGAAACAGCUGAUGAUGACAAUUUUGAGAGUGAAACCAGUUCAGAGCUAGAAAAUGUCACAGUUCCUGUGGAACUUGCAGAUGCCUCGGGCUAUGAAACACAAGCCAAUGAAAUUGUAACUGAUGUCAUUUAUCCCACAGGUUCCGUGCACAUGCCAACCUCACCCAGCAAUGGGUUGUUUUCAGAAUCUGCAGCAAAAUCAUUCUCAGCACAGCAGUCCCCAGAUCCUAAUUUAGACAGCUUUCAGAUGUUAAAGACGAUAAUCAAGCAAGAGAGUGAAGAUGAUUUUCAUUGUGUGUCGGGGACUGAGAGUCCCACAGGGAGCAGCAGUGAAGGUCCACUAGAAAAAGACAGUCCUUCAGAAUUGGACAACAGCUGUGCAGAUUCAGAACACAGCUUUUCUGCUAAUGUUAAUGGAAACCUCAACUUAACACCUGUACCGCCCUCACCACAGUCCAACGGUGAAGAGGCUCAUCGAGGCAUUUUCAUAGAGACUCAGCCAGAUACAGCAAAAAAUAAAAACCUAGUUCAUUUGGAAAAUAUUUCAUCAACACCAGUUGCUGGCAGCAACAACUUGUUUGAUUUUUCCAAGCGUAGUUGUUUUGAGAAAUCCCUGAAAAUUGUUAACAAAAAUUUAAAGACUAAAAAAACAAUGGCUUUAGUAAAACCGUCAACCCUAGAGAGAGAAGGUUCAAAAAUAAAAGAAUCUAUAAAGUCCUCAACAUGUGACUGCUUGCACACAUGUAAUAUAUCAGAGAAACCAGAACCACCACCAAACUUCCUAUCAUGUCUUUGUAAGACACGGCAGAGCAAAGAAAACUCUUGCCACUCAUCUGUUCUUGACGACUCUUCUAAUCUGCUGGGGUCUUUAUCUAAGUCACCACCUGUGAUUAAACAUAAUACAGAACCA